AUGAAAGGUCCGUUUUUGAUUAAAUGUUAAAACGGCUUACCACAAAGAGACACAGUUACAGGCUGACAGAUAUGUUUAAAAUGGUGUUAUUGGUUUUUGAGCCUUUAAAAAAGAUAUUGUGUUAUAUUUCAGAUCUUUGCGUUCCUCACAUGUAUGGGAGUUGUUUUGGCUAUUGGAAACACAAUUUGGGAGACUUGGAUUGGCAGAAAGUUUGAGGUGUUUUUGCCCUGGGAGCAGUUUAAGAACAGUGCUGUCUUCUCUGGCUUCCUCACCUUUUGGUCCUACAUCAUCAUCCUCAACACUGUGGUGCCCAUCUCUCUGUAUGUCAGUGUGGAGGUCCUACGACUCGGUCACAGCUUCUUCAUCAACUGGGACCAGAAGAUCUACCACGAUCAGACGGACACCUCCGCUGAAGCGCGAACCACCACCCUAACCGAGGAGCUUGGGCAGGUGGAGUUCAUCUUCUCCGAUAAGACCGGCACGCUCACGCAAAACAUCAUGGUGUUCCGCAAGUGCUCCAUUAAUGGACAGACCUACGGAGACGCCUAUGAUGAAUUUAACCACAGGGUGGAAAUUACAGAGAAAACAGCCUGUGUGGACUUUUCCUUCAACCCUCUCUGUGACAAAGGGUUCAGGUUUUACGACAGCAGUCUGGUUGAAGCCGUCAAACAGGAGGAUCCUGCUGUCCAAGAGUUCUUCAGACUGCUGGCUUUGUGUCACACCGUCAUGCCCGAGGAGAAGAGUGAAGGGAACCUGGUGUACCAGGCCCAGUCGCCUGACGAGGGAGCGCUGGUGACUGCAGCAAGGAACUUUGGAUUUAUCUUCCGGGCUCGAACCCCGGAAACCAUCACGCUGUGCGAGAUGGGACGGUCCACCACCUACCAGCUGCUGGCCAUUCUGGACUUCAACAACGUGCGCAAGAGAAUGAGUGUCAUUGUGAGAAACCCUGAAGGAAAAAUCAAACUCUACUGCAAAGGAGUCGACACCAUCAUCUAUGAGCGUCUCAAUCCAUCCAACGAAGAAAUAAUGUAUACGACCUCAGAACACCUCAGUGAGUUUGCUGGAGAAGGGCUUCGAACUCUAGCUUUGGCCUACAAAGACAUAGAUGAAGACUAUUAUGAGGUCUGGAUGAAGAAGCUUCACUAUGCCAGCACUGUGAUUGAGAACCGUGAUGAGCAGCUCGCCGUUCUCUAUGAGGAGAUGGAGCAGGAGAUGAAGGUAAAGCUGGCAUCCUGUUGUCUGCAUCCUUGUAUCGGUUGGUCUGGUUUAGCUGCUGCAGACAGUCUGUCCGCUGAUCUGUUGAAGCUUCUAGGCGCCACAGCAGUUGAGGACAAGCUUCAGGAUGGAGUUCCAGAGACGAUUGCAUGUCUGAAUCUAGCCGAUAUCAAGAUCUGGGUUCUAACGGGGGACAAGCUGGAAACUGCCAUGAAUAUCGGCUACUCCUGCAACAUGCUGCGAGACGACAUGAAUGAGGUGUUUAUUAUCUCAGGACACACACUGCUGGAGGUGAAGCAGCAGCUCAGAAGUGCUAAGGAGCAGUUCCUCGGUCUGAGCCGGGUGAGCAGCUCGGGAGAUGUGGAGAAGGCUGACAUGUUUGGAGAAGAUUCUGUAUUUGAAGAAACUAUUAUUGCAGAAUAUGCCUUAGUCAUCAAUGGACAUAGUCUGGCCCUCGCUCUGGAGCCCCAGCUGGAGCACAUGUUGUUGGAUCUGGCUUGUUUGUGUAAAACGGUUAUCUGCUGUCGGGUCACCCCCCUGCAGAAAGCUCAGGUGGUGGAGCUGGUUAAGAGGCACAAGAGGGCCGUCACCCUGGCUGUAGGAGACGGAGCCAAUGAUGUGAGCAUGAUUAAGACUGCUCACAUCGGCGUUGGCAUCAGCGGACAGGAGGGGAUGCAGGCCGUUCUGGCGUCGGAUUACUCCUUCGCUCAGUUCCAGUACCUGCGGAGGCUGCUGCUGGUUCACGGACGCUGGUCCUACUUCAGGAUGUGUAACUUUUUAGGCUAUUUCUUCUACAAAAACUUUGCCUUUACCCUGGUUCACUUCUGGUACGGCUUCUUCUGUGGUUUCUCAGCGCAGGCCGUGUACGACCAGUGGUUUAUCACCUUAUUCAAUAUUAUUUAUACUUCCUUACCAGUACUGGCAAUGGGACUUUUUGAUCAGGACGUCAACGACCAGAACAGCCUUCGCUACCCAAGCCUUUACAAACCCGGCCAGCAGAACCUCCUCUUCAACAAACGGCAGUUUUUCCUCUGCACGCUGCAGGGGGUGACUACAUCCUUCCUGCUCUUCUUCAUUCCCUACGGAGCCUUCUCUGCUGUGGUAAAAGAAGAUGGCUCCAACUUCUCAGACCAGCAAACAUUUGCUGUCACCAUAGCGACCACAUUGGUUAUCGUUGUAAGUGUUCAGAUUGGACUCGACACCCACUACUGGACAGCUGUCAAUCAUCUCUUUGUUUGGGGGAGUCUGAUUGUGUAUUUUGCCAUUUUGUUUUCAAUGCAAAGUUAUGGCUUAUUUGGGCUUUUUCCAAAUAAUUUCCCAUUUAUUGGCGCAGCCUAUAACUGUCUUUCAGAGAAGGGGGUGUGGUUGGUCAUCCUCCUCACCACCACAGUGUGUGUUGUGCCCGGUUUAGUAGUUAGCUUUCUGAAAGUGGACCUCUUCUCAACUUUAACAGAUAAGGUUCGCUAUUUACAGCAGUCCAGGAAGAGGCACGGCCCGCAGGAGCAGAGCCUGAGGAGAGUACGCAGGACAAGCUCCAGGCGCUCCGGCUAUGCCUUCUCCCACCAGCAGGGCUACGGAGAGCUGAUCACCUCAGGCAAAAACAUGAGAAGGAGCACAGUCUCGUCUGCUUGCUCCCUGGAAAAAACAACAAAUGGCUCCAACUGGAUAGGAAAUGUGCUAAAGAGAAAGAAUGAAGUUUCCUGCAGCUCCCAGGAAUUCAUAGCUGCACCAGAAGGCAACUCCAGUGCCACAAAGACUCCAAGGCAACAGCGAACAGACUGAACUGUUAAAGUUAAUCAGUCAGAAUAGAAUCCCAUAUUUAUGGAUCUGAUAGACCCAAGCACAAGCUACGAGUGUCCUUCAUUUGAGUAACAAUAAACUCAAAUCGUCAACACAAA